UUGACGGACAUCGCCAGUUUUUUUUUCAUUUGCUUUCCCUUGCAAAUCGCAUGUAUCUAAUUAGGUGCGGUUACAUAAUGGGUGUAACACACGUAAUGUCGUUUCCCGGAUCGUUGACGCGGUUGAAUAUUUAAGGAAUUUUGUCGUAUAAAAAGUUGAAUUGGCAGUUUAAGUUUUUAAUGGUACACGAAAAUUUGUAUUUUUUUUUUGUCCUGGCUACAAAGAUCACAGUUAAUCAACUCGGUUUAACUAUUCUUCGCCCUUAAAAAAACUCCGACUUUUUGGCGUAAGAAUUCGAGUAAUAUGCAAGUAAUAAGACUCUUUUAUCAGUUUUGAAAAUUAAUAUUUAUUUGUUCUUGUUUAUUAAUCAAAUUAUAGUUUAGAUUCAAUCUCAUGACUUUUGCUUAAAGAUUUCUUUAACCAAAUUCGCAUCUAAACACAUAUUUGAAAGAAGAAAGAAAGAAUAUACAUUUAUUUAACACCACAACACAUUACAUUUGGAAAGAGAGAAACAUACAGAAAAAAAAAACCUUGGACGCUAAAAUAGAAUCCCCCCUCAGCAUAAUGCCGCGGCAAAAGGUAUUUCUUACAGGUGUUGCUUUUCCUAUCACAUGAACAUUAUGUAUUUUCUAAAGUAAUAUUAUGUUUGUCUAGUUAACAUCCUUUUAGCCCUAGCUGAGGUAGGAACAGCCCAAGACUCAACCCUGGAAAUAUUUUAUAGAUAAUUUCUAAUUAUUUAUAAUAUCUUCGAGCGUUUAUGUUAACUGUAAUUUGGAAUAAAACUUACAGUAAAUAGCAUACAUAAUUCAUUAUAUGCAACAACGGUAACACAAUAUUUCUUAUACCCAACAAUUUCCACUAAAAAACAGAAACAAAUUAUACAAUACAUCAAAUAGCCAAACCGUCCAUCGAAAGAAUACUUUCCGUUACUCCGAUCGAAAAAGUCCUAAGCUCAAAGACAUAUAAAGGAAUAGACGUCUAUUCGGUACUAUGCGAGAGAUUUCCGCAUUGCAGCCCCCACUAGGGGUGAGCUGAGCGCCCGACGCUGCGCAGGCGUCAGUCCGCGAUGCUCGGUGCCACGGCGCCGCACGCGUCUGAUCUAUGAUACAUAUCGAUCAUCUAUGUGCUGUGAAUCAGUGAUUAACAAUGCGGUCCGGGGUUAUAUGCGUUUUGUUAGUUUUACUUAUACGAAAAGGAGCAGGGGACGAAGAUUUCCGGCCGACUCCGAUACCGCUGAACGAGUGGCACGAGGUGCGUGGGUGGAGGGGACAGCGCUCAGACAGGGUGCCCACCCUACAAGAAGUACUACACGCGCCUGCCCACUACUGGGAGGAUGCUCUUAGACACAGCGUCUACCUCACCCUCGUCAGAGACAAGAUAGACCAGCUCAUAGCAAACGGGAGUCCCGAACACACUAACGAUCUUGACGACAGAGAUCUCUGGGACAAAGUAAAACGAGCGCCUUUCGAAAGAAAUGAUAACGAAGACCCUCCCAUGGUCGGAGAUGUUGUAAUGAUGGCCAAGGGUAAGCUGAUGGAGGAAAACGGCGGAUUCAGGUUCAAAGAAGAUGACAAGUUCAAAGAUAAGUGCACGGAGAAAUGCAUGGACGGCGUUAAAGCGCUCUGGUCAGUUAAGAGGAUACGACAAAGAGACUCAGAAGUGACGGGGCGAUAUCAUUACGAGCUCACGUUUUCAGUGGUCACGCAGAAGAAACAUAAAAAGCAUGAGAAACCAGCGAGAACGUUUACUGUCAGAGAGACUUCUCCGGAGAGAAUACUCGAAGCGCCGUUGGAGAAUCGGUAUUAUGAGCCUACAACAUCACCGGUACCGAUACCGGCAGCAGUGCAACCAACGCGAGCUGAGCGAGCGCUUUGGAUCCACAAGAACAUCGCUCCAAGGAACCAAGCGAGACAGCAUCAUAACGGCCUAGACAGAUUAUGGUCCUCACUGUUCUCUGAUGAUGAUGAUCAUGUCGUAGCCCCGCCGCGGUACAAGCCUAAACAGUACCAGCACAACCAGUACAAUCCACCCCCUCCAAUAUAUCAACAGUAUUCCAAGGCAGGGUACGUAGGCUCGCCCAGUGACCAUCAAAAGGCAGGAUAUGUAGGUUCUCCAAGCGAGCAUCAACAUAAGAAGCUUGUACCUCACAAAACUCACCAUGUGUACAAAUAUAAUCAUUACGGUCGCCCCAUCCCCUCGCCACCCCCGCCGCAUCAUCAACAACACUACCUAGACAUCGAGCAGAUAGGAGUCGUCAGCGCCCCCUACCACCAGGACCACAGACAUGGACCGCCUCACAAACCAGGAAAGACGCCACGGCCUCCUGUAUUACCAACUCCACCUAAUCCGGUUUUGCCCCAAAAGAACUACACCAUCGAAACUACAACACCGUUGAAACCGAACAGUGAAGAAACUACUCAGAAACCUGACGUGCAUCCUCCGAAAACUUAUAACAAACAGAAGCCGACGACGGUGAAAAUUAGUUACGUCACGGAUCAUGUCAGGCCGCCAGUCUACAACGCGCCUCCUGGAGUUUUCGUGACAAUGGACAAGAAACCUUUCAAGCCGAUGCCACCUUUGAGACUCGUCCACUCUUCAAAGCUCCAUAAGACUCCUCGGCCGACUGACUUCAGACCCAGCCCUCAAGUUCUAGAUGUUUCCUCAUUCUCAGAACCGGAUCCAUUACUUGACACUGCAUUUAGGCCGAUCACAGUGAAUUAUGCGAACAGCAACACUACCGAGAAAGCUGAAGCCGCGAGCGACAAUCAUUUCCGAAAAUCUAAUUCGACCGCUAAGAAGCCACCGAAGAAGAACGAAAUCGUAAAUGCACAACGAGGUACAACGAAAGCACCCGAGAUUAUAACUGCGCACAUCGUGGAAGAGGAUAGCGAUGCGGAGUGGACCAACGUGUUGGGCGCGUUUGCUAAGACUACGCCGAUGGCCGCUGAGAGUGCUGAGAAAGAAAAGGCUAAAACACUUGAAACAACUACUCCUAUGACGACGACAACGAUGUCCACAACUACCACAACAACGCCAGCUCCAACCACGACCACCAAGCGGUUACCCAAGAGAACAACGAAGACUACCACCACCACUACCACUGAAGAGCCCACAACAACGCCAAAGCCCAAGAAACGCACGCGCCCGCCACCAAAAUUCACUAAACCAGAAAAAGUUAAGAAACAUAAGCGCAUAACAACAACUACCACUACAACUGAACGUCCAUCCAAACGCAAAGAACAAGAUCUGACGCCCCAAGCAAGUUCAGCGUCUGCCACUGCGCAAUCUACUACGACAACAUCAACAACGACAACAACUACUACUACUCCUGAGCCCACGACAACUCCCGUUCAAACGACGACCACCACCACGCAAGCCACAACAACCACCGAGACGCCGACACUGGCCCCAGAAACUGAACCACCGAAAACAAAAAGUCGCUACAGACAAUCUACCUUAAGAUACAGGAGUGUUCUAACAGGCCAUGAUAAAAAGGAAGAAAAGGCACGAACGAUCAUACCACCAACGGGUGUAAUCAAACCGAGAAGGAAGGGAACUAAAUACACGAAUUACAUUACAUCUACGCCUAAAUUCUCAGAUAUGCAAUUUGACGAAGAAGGCAGAGAAGAUCAUGUCGUGAGUCCGUACAAAUCUAAAUCUGUAUCUACUACGGAGUAUAUAACUACUACUAAUCAUGCCGCUUCGAAACCAACUACCCCAGCGUACGAGGAGGUAGCAGAUCAUGUUUAUAUCACUAGUGAAUUACCAGAAUAUUCCUUUGGCCCUGACGAUGACUUUGAUGGUUCAGAUGAAAGAGAUGACGAACAAGAGUCGAGAGAAACCUCAGAGUUCCUCCCCUCUACAUCAGCAUUGGUAACUCUGAAUGAAACUACAAAUGAAAUAGCAGAAAAUGAAGAUGAGCCGUUGGAAGCAACUGCAGAAUUCGUAGUAACGACGCCUUUAUCCGCGGCGAAAUAUAAAACCAAAUGUAAGAAGAAGAAACUAAACAAUCAUAACAAUACUACAGAAGAAGUUAAGACUGAGGAAUGGAGAGCAGAGGAAUCGAAUGUACACGAGACAAUAUCAGUAGAAAAGCCAGAGGAAAGGUCAGAAGAAACAACACUGGAGGUUAAGAAGCCAGAAGAUGAGGAGUUAGCAGUUAAAGCAUUAGAACAAACAAGUUCAACAACCAGUACGACCACAACGACUGAACCAUCUUCAACGCCUGACAUCUUCGAAGAAAUUUUCGGAGGAUUUACUUUUGAUGACUCCGUAACAGAAUCAAAAAGCAAUGAGUCCUCAAAGUUAGAUGAACAAGAAAGUACCAACCAGGAACAAUUCAUUAAAGCGGAGGACGAUUUCGCAGAUUUCUUUGAAGCAUUCGAUGAGAAACAUAGACAGCAUAGAGAUGGGAAAUAUGAUGAUGAGUAUGAAUAUGAUGAUAAGGAACGUUUAUUAGAUGAUGAUGAAUUCCAGUUUCAGGGAGACGAGGAUCAAAGAGGUUCCAGAGACGUGAAAGACGAGGAAGAUUCAUAUGAAGAUUAUCAGGAACGUCCCUUCAGUUUAUUAGAACUCAUGGCCAUGGAGUAGACUGAAUAUUUGCAAUACCUUUUCAAGGAGCAUUUUAAUUAAUGGUCUACCUUGUGUCCCGUACAAACGCGAAUUUUCUUGUCAUAGGUGCAAAAGUAUGCCUUUCUGUGCCAAAUAUUUUUUUUAAAUGCUUAGGAAAAUAGUUAUCCACUUACAGUUUGGCGAAAAAAUAUGUUUUUACGGGACAGAUUUGUGGAUCUUAAAAUAUUCAUAUCAUAGCUUUAACUCUAUCCUGCUCUGAUCUCAAAAACUACAGACGUUGUUAUCCUAUCACUUACUGAAAAAACACCUUUCACGAGCCAGUAUACCUUGAGAUACUUACGAAGUAUGGCAGCAUUAGAUGUCAUACAUUUUUUGGUUAGUGGUGGAAGUUAGAGAGUCAAGAUCACUGUUGUAUGUACGUAGGAUAAAUAGGUAUAGUAUUACAAAAUAUUCAAAAGCAUUUAUUUGUAAACUCAUAGUAACUAUCGUAUCGCACUUUUGCCCGCAGCUCGUGUUACCGAUGUGUAAAUAUUUCAACAUUCUAGAUUAGUUUAGAAUAAGAUGAAAUAAAUUAUUUUUAUAUGAAAAAUAAAACGGUUAAAAUUU